AUGGCGACUGCUACCAGGGAAGCAGAGGCCCCCAUGGAGAGCCCCCAACGCAGCUGGGCGGCGGAGCCCCCACGCAGCGCGAAGGCCAUCUUCCACAAGCACACCACCACAGGAACCUUUAUUCGACCUAUCACCGCACCUUCCGUCACAAGAUUCGAUCCCGUGCCGGGAUUGCCAAACUUGGUGCAAGGUGUGCCAGCCAGCCCCCGCGGCAAGCGUCUUGUUCCUGCUGCCCACAGGAUGCCUGCGAUCCCAGUGAAAGGCGCCACUGCGAACGGCCCGUGGGCAGAGUGCCGCGGUGCCACUCCCAACGAAAGAAUGCGGCGAGCGGCUUGGCCUCGACAAGGCACCGAAAACUCCCUUAUGUAUCGGAACCCAAUGGAACGAAGAGCCGCACACGAUGGCUGGGGAGAAGAAGUGUCUCUCUGUGCCUCACCACCUCCUCCGGCUCUUUCUCUGGACUCGCCAAGUCCUGGGAGUGAGAGGCAGCGGUGA